AAUUGUAAAAUAAAUAAACUUUUGUCUCACAUUAAUCCUAAUUUUGUAAAUGCCAUUUAAUAUUUGAUGAUAAUUGUGAUUCAUUUGGUUGGCCGCCAAGUGUCAGGCCAAUAGCGAACAUCGAUCGCGUAAUUUGUAGAACGAGGCCAACAUACUCAUAAACAAACAUUGGAUAGACGGGGACAUCUGAUUGGCUGGCGAACCUAGUAUUGCUCCGCCUCAAAGAGCGCUUGGACGUCAAGUUUGUAGACAAUUUAGUGCAUACGAAAAUAGAUUUCUCGCAAUGUCGUGGACCAACGAAGUAGUGCUAGAAUUUUUGGAAUUAUAUCGAAGAGAACAACACCUAUGGGAUCCAAAGCAUCCACUCCAUCGAAACAGAGGUGAAGUUAAUAACGCCUGGGUCAGAAUACAAUCGUCACUUGGUAUAAAUUGUUCGAUUAUCGACCUUAAAAAGAAAAAGGAGUCCUUGAUGACAUCCUUUAGAAUGCACUUUAAUAAAAAGAAGAGAUGUCAAGAGGCGUAUCAAACAACUUGGUUUGCAUAUCCUCUAAUGGAAAGUUUUCUUGGCGGCAAAUAUGAAUGUGACAGUACGAAUCAAAUGGAACACGAGUUUUUCAAUAACGUUCCUGGUUUCCCGAAUACAGCACCAAUAUCAGAGAAUACUAGCCCAGGCAUGGGCGUAGUGGACAGAAAUAUAGAUCGUCAGGAUAACACACUUGCGACCAUUACCAAAAUCAGUAACGCCAAUAUGUACAAGAGGAAAGCCAAUGAUACAACGUCAAACUAUGGCAGGAGUGGGGAGAGGAGAGAAAUGGAUGAAUACGAAUUAUAUGGGCAGCUUCUAGCUAAAAAACUGAGGAAACUUGAUGAGCAUCAGCGCGACGUAGCCAUGCACGAGAUUGAUAAUAUAAUGUUUCGUGCAAAAAUGCAUAGUAGUAACGCACAGUCUAGAAGUUUCUCGUCGCCAUCGCCCGUGCCAAAAAAAGUGAAAUCGCCCAUUUUUAUUGUAGCUCAGCAAGCUCAUCAACAGUAUGAAGACGAGAAUACACCUUACCAAGAACAUAUGCAACCACAGCCACCUACUUAAAUGACUUUUAAUAUGUACCUUGUUUAAAUGAUUAGUGAGAAGAAGUCUUUCACCUGUGUAUGACAAGUAGGUAGUAGUCGAUGCAAGGAGACAGGUCACUGUAUAAAAAAUAGGAUUGAAGGUUUUAAAAACUUUUAAAUAAUAUAGGUAGGUGCUUUACUUUCUUAAGGUAAAGUAGGUAGGUAGUAUUCCAACAUCUAGGUAGAUAUUGGAAAAUAAUUACCUAGGUAGGUACCUAGGUAAUUAUAUAUUGACACGCGAAAUGGUAAAGAUCGACCCAUGGCACCGUAUCUCAUGACUUC